AUGAACUGUCCUUCAAACAUUGUGUUGUUGUUACUGCAAAUAGUUUUGCAGCGCCAACAAACUCUAGCCCAUCGGGACAAGUCGCUUGACCUGCAAGAGCUGUUAAGAGAGCCCAUCAUUGAUAAUGACAUAUUAGCAGAGUUCAAGAAGCACAAGUUGGUGCAAUUGUAUGGUCCUCAAUACUGUUGCGACAUAUCCCUGAGAGGACUCAAGACAAUGGUGACGGAUAUCUUCGCAAGCGGAAUUCCCAACGCUGCGCAACCCUCAGGAAAUGAUCAGCCAGUGACUGUGGUGGAGCUGGCCAACUACUACUACAUGCAAAGGAUCAACGAACUACAAAACACAGAAUUACCUCAAUUAAAAGAAGUAUUGCUAACAGGGCUGGAGCACAUGGACUAA